AUGGAGGUGUGGUGGAAGACGUUAAUACUGACCCCGAUUGAUACUCGCUUGUACCCGAAGUCUGAACGUAUCUAUGUUAAAGUGAGCUGGGAGCAAGAGUUAGCGGAGGAAGAAAUUGUUUCGGAAGAAGUGUGUCUUAAUGCGGGCUACUCCACCACGCCAAUUGCAUGCUUUACUGUUCCUCAGACAGAACCUCUCUACAUCUCCCCCAAUGCUGGCGAAGGCUACCACAUAUUUUACUUCACAGACAAGAGUGGUGGCGAGAUUUUGGCGGCGGUAACAUUCCAAAUUGUACUUCCCAAAGUGAAUUUGGUCGAGGUUUUCGCCGGAGCCGGUAGCGCCAACAGCAAUUAUCUGGUGGCGACAAUCCGCACGACAUUUUUCGAUCCCUUCGAUCCUGCAUUCCGAGUCUGCGUCUUGCUCGACGAUUCCUUCGACUGCCUGGAUCCAGAGUACAUGGCUGUUGAUGAGAGCGAGUUACGCCAUGGUACACACAAAGAACCCAUGUACCAAAGCGUAACGUUCCGGUCGCCAGUGGAUCACGUUCCAUUCAGUGACGUUAAUGGACACGAGAUGAGUGUUCUUCUACUCGUGGAAAACAACAAGGUGGUGCAUACGUCGAACACCUUGGCCUUUAGCGCUGAACCAAGAGUAAAUCCUCCCGAAAUCACUUCAAGACUGCAUAUCCUAGACCCGAGAGUCCACACUCCUCAACGUCCUAGAUCCUGUCCAGAAAUGCUUCUCUUAACGCCGAGCUUGCGAUGGAUCUGCGAUCUUUGGCGUCACGAGUGGGGGAUAUACUCGCAGAAUGGCGAAGACGGUAUCAUUCGCAAGAUAUUCCGACAUAUUGGUACGACGAGCAAAUCGUACGUCGAGUUUGGCACGGAGAAUGGCGAUGAAUGCAACACACGUCUGCUACGACAACUUCAUGGCUGGAAAGGACUUCUAAUGGACUCGCGUCAUGAAGAUGAGAGCAUCGAGUUGCACCGAGAGUUUAUCACUCGUGACAAUUUCAUGUUCCUUCUUGCUGAAAAGUACCAAAGCCUCGUUCCUCAGGAACUCGAUCUCCUGUCCAUUGACGUCGACUUUAACGAUUUCUGGCUGCUUAAAGCUGUUGACUUGACGCGUGUAUCGCCCCGUGUGAUAUUAGUCGAAGUAAACAGUCACAUCCCACCGAAUGAGGCUCGAACUGUACAAUAUGAUGACAGCGAGGAUGGAAGUGGAAGCUGGGACGGUUUCUCGUCAUAUUUUGGCGGCAGCGUGGCGGCAUUCUACCGCUGGGGUGCUCUCAAUGGAUACUCGUUAGUGUACUGCGAGUCGCACGGUGUGAACUGCUUUUUCGUGCGUAAUGAUGCUCUUGGUGGCGUCAACGUGUCGGCAGUGCUCGGUCCCGAGCAACUGCAAAACCCACCGAACUUCUUUGGGCAAGGCUGGAAUUACCCAGAUACGUGGCAGCCUCACCACAAGUGGGUGUGGGUUUGA